UUGCCCCGACAAUUGUGAAUGAAAUAUUUUUGCGCUGAGUAACCGGACAGACGAAACCUGCCCACGAGUCUAUAUGUAAGAUUCCCACAGCUCGGGAGCAAGUCGUGUCUUGGAGGGAAUAUUUCCUUGAAGGUCCUGUAGAAGACGACCCAGUACUUUGCACGUUCCUUUGUACAGUAUGCUGCGUAGAUGGCGCCUCUACCUCCUCUCAGGGCUGGUUAUCCACGGCUUCUACAUCAACCUGCAACGGAGGAAGACCAUCGACUUUUGGAGGAGAAUGCCUCUUCUAAACACCUCGAUUUCUAACUGUGAGAAUGUGAGAAACAAUAUUUCAAAAAUUCCAUUGGAAUCAGUUAAUACCAAUGACUUCAAGAGGUUUGGUAAUGAACUGAGGAAUUGUCCAUGGCAAUACAACGAGUCGGAACAUAAUAAGCUUAAAUUGGCGUUAGGAAAUUGCUGCAAUGCACGACACAUGUUAGUGGUCACCCAGGACAAUGCUCCUCUCGGACAUAAACUGAAAUACGAGACAAAUCCUGGCAAAAAAAUUGCAAUAACAAAGGAAAUCUUUCGAAUGCUGCCAAAGAUUUCUCCAUUCCUCGGGAAGCCCUUCAAGACCUGUGCUGUGGUUGGUAAUGGUGGCAUUUUACAGAACAGUCUCUGUGGAGAAGAAAUUGACAGAAUGGAUUUUGUGUUCAGGCUUAAUCUGCCGCCUCUCAAACUGGCUAAAGACAUUGGCACAAAGUCCCAUCUCAUCAGUGCCAACCCAAGUAUUCUGGUAGAAAGGUUUGGAAAGCUCUAUGGAAGACGGAAGCAUUUCAUCGACCUUGUCAAAGGUUACGGUUCUGCAAUGAUCAUAUUGCCAGCUUUCUCCUACGUCCACAGCACAGAUAUUUCUUUCCGAGUUUUGUACUCUGUAGAAGACUUCAAUUUGGAAAACAAAGUUGUGUUCUUCCAUCCGGAGUAUCUCAAGAACCUUUCCAGCCACUGGAAAAAUAUGGGCGUUAAGGCCAGGCGCCUAUCUUCAGGAUCUAUGUUAGUAAGUGCUGCUAGUGAACUUUGCAACAAGGUGGCCCUCUAUGGGUUUUGGCCCUUUCCUAGGGACCCAGAAGGGAAUGUUAUUUCACACCACUAUUAUGAUAACAUACACCCCAAACCUGGCUUCCAUUCCAUGCCUGAUGAGUUCUAUAUCUAUACGAAGAUGCAUUCAAAGGGAGCGCUCUAUCUGCAAAUUGGAAAGUGUUAAAAUGUGAUAUUUGGAGUUAAAAAGUUAAUUUGAAUACUUGAUUAUGCUUUGAUCUGCAGGUGCAGUAGCGUGCCAUUAAAAAUCUAUAUACAUAGUGUA